AUGGCACAAGGACCACAAGCAUUCUACUGCCUCUGGCAGGAGGAGCGCAUCCUCGAAGGCAUCUACGAGCUUCUACCCAAGCAAGAUGUAUGCUCUCUCAGACUCGCCAACUCGGCCUGCUGCAACCUCGUUACCAAGCGCCUCUUCCUUCGAACCCACCUGACGUUCACGGCCAACUCCUUCACCAAGGCCUCAAGGAUUCAGGCCUUGUCGAGGAUCGGACACCACAUCCAGCACCUGACUUUUACUUUUGCCCACUCUGAAGGUACCUUCCUGCCCCCUCUGGUACACCCAGUCACGGGCCACGAGAUCAGCUUUCUCUAUACGCCCUACACCCAUAUGGCUUCUUCCCUGAGCAGGCCAAAGUAUGGCAACUCCGGCCUCGGCGAUGUGCUCACUCAGCAGUACCCUCCCCUGUUUCACUCUGCCACCAAUGUGCCGUCCUUUAUCAACGCCUUCAAGCACCUGCCCAAUAUGCGUCAUCUGACAAUCCGCUGCCCCGGUCAGGACGCCAGAGAGCGUUACAGGCGCGAUAUUGUGGACUAUGCUCUCAUCAGCCUCCGCAUUUCCAUAGAGCGUGCACCCCUGGAUAAACUGAACAAGCUCACGCUCUCGUCUGUCCACCCUUCCGCCUUCAUAUACCUCAGACACGCCCCUGGGUUUGGCUGCCUCCCUUCGGCUAGCCGUAGGUGGCGCCAGAUCCGGAAGCUCUACAUGCAGGUCGACUCAUGGGACUUUUACGGCCCGUCACCUGGGCUCGACCACCUAAAGAUGAUCGAGGAUUACAUCCGUCAUCUUGCCCCGAACCUGUCAAAAUUCUCCUUCACAUGGCUCGGCCGCAAAGGACCAUGCCCAGUUGCACUAUCAGGCGACCCCUUGUUUGCUCCCCCGCGCAGCUCCAAAAAGCUGUUCAAUGAGGUCACAUCUCCCAUGAGUCCGCUGCCGCCGUGCCCCGGACGCAAGCCCAUCGCAUUUCCCAGGCUUAAACAGCUGACAAUUCGCAACGCAACCAUGAGUGCCGCUCAAACCUCGACCCUAGUUCGAACUCACCAGAGAUCCGUUCGCGAUUUUGACUUUGAGAACGUCGCGCUCAUUGGCGGCGGCAGCUGGGACGAUGCUCUUGCGCCCCUCAUGGACCAAACCAGUCAACGCGGCAGUGGCGCCUGGUCGUGUCACUCACUUGGAAGCGGUGACCUCCAGCCCUGGGGUAGUGGAAGUGUUUUUGGAAUGCCUACGACGCCGCCGCCCCGGGGUGGCAAACCCCCCGGUGAUGACCACGAGCUCUCGUCGCCGUCGGCGGCUGUGGCAGCAGCAUCUAGGGAGCUGCUGGACCUUGAUUUUGAGGGCCUGGAGAGCUACCUUGGUCUCCAUGGCGACAGUGAUGACCUGCCAGGAUUCGAAGGCCUAGCCAAAAUGCCAGCCCGGAACAUCACUUCCACUCCCACAAUCCAGGAGGAGGAUGAAGAAGAUUACGAAGACGAUGACGGGCUGGCUUUAGACAUUGCGGCCGCCAAGGAGGCCAGCUUGUCCUUCAGUACCAAGCUGCAAAAGAAGCGCAUACGCCGCCGUCGCAAGCCAAGCACGCGGGAGGAUGAUGAUACCGAGACGGAGACCCAGCGCCGACGACACCCUAGACGCAAGCAUCGGGACGUUGCGGAUGACAGCGACAAGGCACGCGAGCGAGAUUCCGAAAAGAAGAAAAAAGAGAAACGCGAGAGGGACCGUUACGAGGCCAGCGAUCGCAGUCAUGGCCGUCAUAGAUCUCCAUCACCCCCCGAAAAACGCACCCAAAGGAAACUCAAGCGUGAAGAUCACCUGCGACCCCCGCAGACGCCACCGCCCAUGAUGAUGCCCGAAGUCAUCCUGGCCGAGGGCGAUGAGGUUGAGUGUCCAAAGAGCCCGCUGUCCCUGCGUUCCUCGCCUGCCCUGUCUCCACGUAACCUCAACAUAUCUGCCCCUAUGCUGUCUCGAGAGCCACUGCCAUCCAUGCUUCUCCUCAAGCCGACUGUAUACGACCCGUGCUCCCCAGGCUCGUCGCCGUCUGCGACCAUCAAGUCCCCACCUGCGAGCAGCACGCCAGGCUGGAACGGUGCGCGGGCCAUGGACUAUUUUGACGACCACCAUGACGGGCUCUCGCCGGUGCAGCGAAAUCUCGAGCAGGAGGAGGCGCACCGGCGUCUAGCCGAGGACGCCGAUGCGCGCACGUCGGCGUUACAAAAGGCCAAGGCGGCUGUCAUGUCCAAGCUCACGCGCGAAUUCUGUAAAGGCAGCGGUAUGUCAUCGCAUCCCUCCCCGGCUGUGCGGUGCGCCGGGGAUGUGACGCGUCGGAGCAGUGGCACCGGUGGCAACCUCCCACCUCCAUCUGGGCUUAUGGGGUUCCGACUCCGGGAAGGGUUGUUCUUUGGGACCAAGAGCUCCGUCUCCAUAGCGCAUAGCCAUCAGAGCAUGGACAGCAACUCGGCUCUGGUCCCCCUGAUUAUCAGUAGGUGA